CAGAGCAGUUUAACAUGUGGACGUGAGGUGAGGAGACACUGGACGCUGGACAAAGUCUGCAGACACGACAUGUUCAGUCUGCGAAAACCAGACAAAAAGUAACAGCGUCAUCAUUUUAAAUUUCUGUUCUGUUUGCUUGACUGUUUUCAGAUUUAAAUCUCUGCUUCAGCUAAUGCAGACCUUGCACGCACUUACGGUAAUCGGUCUGCUUUGUUAAUGUUGUCUCAUUACCUGCAGUCAGAUUACCGUAAUGACCUCAGGAGUCUUUGGUUUGUUUCUCACUCAAACGCAGCAGUUAUUUCUGAAAUUCGGACGCCAGCUUUGAACUUGCAGCUCUUCCCUCGACUGGAAGCAGAAACGCUCCGCGCUGACGGUAAUCUGUUACCUGAGCCGAGGAGGUAACGAGCCCGCAGCGGCGUCCACCUGACUGACAGUCUGAGCGCGUCACACUGAGAGGAGAGUCCACUGUGAGUCACACCGGGACGGAGACGUUUGUCCACCCUGUGGAGACGGAGACGCUGAACUUCGUCAGGAUGCGUUAGUGUGCAUGUGUUACUGCAGUUUUUAAUCUUUACUCUGUCGUUUCUCAGGAUAAAAACCGCGCCUGUGCGCUGUGAGCAUCUCACGCAGCUGAUAAUCUCUUUUCACUGAACAGUCAGCUUCUCUUCCAUGUUCUGUAGUUCUCUGUGGGAUCAGAGGAUGGUGAAGAGGAGCGCUCUUACAUGUGGACGUUAAUUAGCUGCUCAGAUCGCACCGUGUGGGGGCAACAAUGGAAAACUACACAGCGUGGAGUAAUUUCACCCAAGUUCUGUCGGAGCUGGACGGCGCGGGCAGCGAGGAGGACGACGAGGACGAGGAAGGCGGGAGCGCAGGGGGCAGCGGCGGGCUGCGCGUCCUCGUCGGCUGCGUCCUCUUCCUGCUCAUCGUGUCCACGCUGCUCGGGAACACGCUGGUGUGCGUCGCCGUGAUCCGUUUCCGCCACCUGCGCUCCAAAGUUACCAACUUCUUCGUCAUCUCGCUGGCCGUGUCAGACCUGUUCGUGGCCGUGCUGGUGAUGCCCUGGGAGGCCAUCACGGAGGUGACCGGCACGUGGCUGUUCGGACGGUUUUGCGAGGUCUGGAUCGCCUUUGACAUCAUGUGCUCCACAGCGUCCAUCUUGAACCUGUGCAUAAUCAGCGUGGACCGCUACUGGGCCAUCGCCAGCCCGUUCAAGUAUGAGCGGAAGAUGACUCACAGGGUCGCGUUCGUCAUGAUCGGGGUGGCGUGGACGCUGUCGAUUCUGAUCUCCUUCAUCCCAGUGCAACUCAACUGGCAUCAGGCCGGAGAGGAGGAGGAGGAGGAGGAGGAAGAGGUGAGGCACGAGGUGGUGAAAAUGGUGGCCUCCAGUGGUGGGAACUUCACCAACAGCAGCAACCUCAACACCAGCGCCAUCGCUGAGAGUUGUGUGGCCAACCUGAACAAAACCUACGCCAUCUCCUCCUCCCUGAUCAGCUUCUACAUCCCGGUGGUGAUCAUGAUCGCCACCUACACCCGCAUCUACAGGAUCGCUCAGACCCAAAUCCGUCGGAUCACGUCACUGGAGAGGGCGGCAGAGCAGGCGCAGAAUCAAGGCCACGGUGUGAGCCGGAACCAGCACCAGCAGCACAGACCCAACGACGAAGCUUCCCUGAAGUCGUCCUUUAAGAAGGAAACCAAAGUCCUGAAGACGCUCUCCAUCAUCAUGGGGGUGUUUGUCUUCUGCUGGCUGCCGUUCUUUGUCCUCAACUGCACCGUCCCAUUCUGUGACCCGCCGUGUGUCAGCGACACCACCUUCACCGUCUUCGUCUGGUUCGGCUGGGCCAACUCCUCUCUCAACCCAGUCAUAUACGCAUUCAACGCAGAUUUCCGCCGGGCCUUCACCACCAUUCUGGGCUGCAACCAAAUCUGCUCAAACAACACGGUGGAAGCUGUGAACUUCAGCGACGAGCUCGUCUCCUACCACCAUGACACAACGCUGCACAAGGAGGCGCUGGUCCCCGUGCAACCGCAGCAACAUCCUCGCAACAUUAAUGUGGGGUCCGACCACCUGGAGGACAUGAGCACUCACUUUGAUGAGGAGUCCAUCAUCUCCAAUGGUUCCCAGAGCCACAACAGACUCCUGCUGCUUCCUGCCAACGUCCAGCUCGAGGACGACCCGGAAAUCUCCUUGGAAACGAUCACGCCGUUCACCUCAGUGGCGAGGCUUGAGAGCGAUGCCCUGAUACCAGGACAAGUCCAUCAGGAUGGAUGAGCCAGAAACUGAACUGAGUGAACUGACCGCCACAACCAAACAGGAAGUUAGUCUGUGUCACCUUCAAAAUAACAGCAUAAAACACCAGAGACUUGACUGUAUAUUAUUAUGUUUGCACUUAUUUAAAUAGAAGCAGACUUAGUUGUGAGCCUCACUUGACACAGUAACUGCUUAGGAAAACAAGAAUGCUUUGUUAGACAUUAAAUGUGAUUUAUUACACUUAAC